UGGGGUACUUGUUCAGAAAUUUCUAUUACUUCUUUUACCGUUGGUAUUUAGCACGUGUUAUUGAUGUUUUCAAUAGAAGAUCUAGGUUUGGUUACAUUAGGCUAUCAGUAGAGGAACUACCUAGAACAGUGAACCCCAGUAUAAAUUAUUAUUAUAUAUUCUUUUGUGUUCCAGAGUUAUCAUUUGAGGCAAGAUCGUUCUACGGCAGAAAGAAAACUCGAGAUAGAGAAAUAACUAUUGUCACCAGUGUUAUUGAAAGUGAUGAAUCAAAUGAAGAAGAUUUGGAUGAUGAUGUCGCAGAUCCUGAAUUCAUAUUGGAAGAAAGCCAAGGAACGCAGGAAGAAGGCCAAGAUGAUGAAAGCAACCAAUCUGAUGAUGAAUCUGCGGAGCUUCAUGAUGACUCAACAGUUGUAAUUGAAGUACAAGGCCCCAUGGCAGCAACUUCUCGAGACGCAGGUGCAAAAAAACGGGACUUCCAGAGCAAAUGGUCUACUGUGCAGGAUGCUGAAACUGUAACUCUAGAAUUCUCAGGACAAGACCUUCCCUGUUCUCAUGAAAUACUUCCUCCUUUUCAGUACUUCAAGCAAUUCAUCUCUGACGAUUUUCUAGACGUGAUAGUUACAGAAACAAAUAUGUAUUCUGUUCAAAAAAAUGUUAAUAAGCCAUUGAAUGUAACUCACAAUGAGAUGGAACAGUGGCUCGGAUUGAUUUGUUACUUCUCUAUCAGUAAACUCCCACAUACAUCAAUGCACUGGUGCAAAAGACUAUCACCAUUGACCGAUAUUUGUAGUGAUAUAAUGAGCAGAGACAGAUUUGAAGCCAUAAAGAGUAAUUUUCACUUAGUUGAUAACACUAUGCAAGAUCCUGCCAAUGCUGACAAUUUCUUGAAGGUUAGGCCAAUGAUAGAUCAUUUGCGUAAAAAGUUUCAAGACAUUCCAAUGAUUCAAAAUCUCUGUGUGGACGAGCAGCUUGUUCCUUUCAAAGGAAGGUCGCCAGUAAAGCAAUAUAUACCUAACAAGCCUAAAAAAUGGGCGUACAAGUUCUUCGUGUUAGCAGAUGAAAAAGGCAUGACCUAUGAUUUUAUCCCAUACAAUGGAAGGAUAAAACCAGUAGAGGAUCCUGAUGUUCCAGAUCUCAAACCCAGCUCUAACAGUGUCUUGCAUCUUGCCCAAAUAAUUCCCUCAAAUGUGAAUCACCACCUUUUCUUUGAUAAUUGGUUCACUUCACUGCCACUGGUAGAUCACCUGGCAAGUCGUGGAAUAUGGAGCUGUGGAACAGUUAGACCAUCAAGAUUAACUGGACUUACAAAGGAAAUGAAGUGUCAGAAGCAGAUCACAAAAAAUGGCAGAGGAGCCUAUGAAGCUGCAAAAAUAGUGCAAGAUAAUUCAGAAGCAUUGUACGUGAAAUGGUUCGACAACAGAGUGGUAAACAUGAUUUCCACUUUUGCUAAAACUGAACCAGUGACAAAAAUUUCACGUUAUUCAAAGAACAAGACUCGUUUUGAAGUGCAGUGUCCUGAUAUUGUAAAACAAUACAAUAAAUCAAUGGGAGGAGUAGCUUUAGCUGAUCAACUUAUUUCACUGUACAGGAUACCUAUACGGCCAAAGAAAUACUACAUGAGGUUAGUGUUUCACAUGAUUGACAUGGUCGUCGUAAACUCAUGGCUGCUGUACAGACGUGAUGCCUCCAGUCUCAACUUACCGAGGAAGGAUAUCCUGUCAUUAGCAUCAUUCAAGCUGCUAAUUGCCUUUGACCUUAUGAAAGCAGGUAAGGUUUGCAAUGGAAAGAAGAGAGGAAAACCUUCUUUGACCCCAGAUUCCAGCAAUGCACGCAAGAAAAGCUGCUAUCGUCCUUCUGAUUCUACACGAACAGAUGGAAUCGGACACUUGCCUCGUAUUGAUCAAAACGAAAUCGUUGCAAGAGAACAAACUGCAAUGGGAGAACCAAUGUUAUGUGUAAAAAGUGUAACGUUAAUCUUUGCCUGACUGCCAAGUCAAACUGCUUUGAGAAUUACGAUGAAUAAUGUGUCUACUCGAAUUUUAUGCCGAGUGGAAUGCUAAAAUGGAGGCUUAUUUUCAAUAAUUUGUCUCUUGGUUAUGAGGAAUUUUUGUGCUAUAGCUUUUAUGACGAAGGAUUUAUAUGCGAUGCAUGUGCUUAGUAUACGGUUCUAUCAAAUGUUUAUGUAAUACAGUUCAGUUUCGGUGCUUGAAUAAAUGUUUAAAAAAAAUAUUGUUUAUAUAACUCAAAUGGAC